ACCUGUAUUCAGUAUAUAAACGACAAUCGCUUCGAAUAGUCGCGCGAAUAUGAAACUAAAUAAGUGAUAACAGUGUGCGCAUUAAGUAUACGAACCGUAAAACGAAUUAAUCAAAUUAUCGAAUUUCGAAUAAACUAAUUACGAAAUGGCACAAAAUACGCGAAAUUCAGACAUGUCACAAAUAGCGGUGAAUGCCAAUAAUAUUCCAGAUGAUAGCGUCGAUUGUGGCAUCAUCGGAUUGGGCUGGUGUCGUGGCCCCGCCUGCCAGAAAUACGCCCGCCUGCGCACCUUCAUCAUAGUGCUCCUCAGUUCCGGUCUGCUUCAGGGAGCUUGCGAAUUGUAUUUCCGGGUCUCGGCCAAACAGGCCGCCUUCCAGUAUGGCUACAAUCCUCUCCUAGUCGAUUGGCUGCUGGUGAGCAGCGGUCUCUUCCAGGCUGUGUUUGCUUUGGCUUUUGCCUACUGGGCAGAUGUCUAUCAUCCCAUCAAAUGGCUCGUUGGAACACUGAUGCUACAGUCUGUGACUUGCGUCAUUGCCGUGAUACCCUCGAUUAUGAACUUUGCCGAUGGCGUCAAGGCGCAGGAUGCCUUGGUGGAUGCCAAUCUGUGCUCCACAUCGCUGGCACAGUUCCAGAAGCUGACGCUGACCGAGGAGCAAAGCAGCACCUUGACUCUGGCCAUGCUCUUUGUGCUCCAGCUUGCCUUGGGCAUGGGCUCGUUGGCCUAUUACACCCUAGGAGUGAGCUACAUCGAUGACAAUUCGUUGUCCCAAGACAGUCCAGCUGUGAUUGGCGUCAUCCUCGCUGCCAGGGCAUUUGGACAGCAGAUUGGCUCGUUUCUGGUGCUCGGAGUGGGAUUGACGAAUGUUGGCUGGUGGCUGGGCUGGAUUAUCUUGGCACCGUGUAUUUUUGUGGGUGCCGUGUUGCUUGGACUCUUCCCCAAGCGGCUGCCCAAGACGGUGAUACACCAGGCAGCUCAGCGGAUUAUGGAGCAGACGAAUCUGCGCGGCUUUGGCAGUCAGUUCUCUACUUACAUGGACGACACGAACUUUUGGCCAUCGCUGAAGCGUCUCUUCUCCAACCGGCUGCUCAUGGUGAACCUGAUGAGCAUCAUGUUUCUGCAGAGCGGCGUGCUAAACUACACGCUGCAGGAGGAGACCUAUUUGCAGAGUCGCUUCUUUCUGCCCUACAACGAGCAGGAUGGCCUCGCCCAGGAAUGGCGCUCCUCCUUUGUCUCCUUCUUCCUUCGACCACCUGUCAUGGCCAUGGGCAUGAUUGUCGCCGGUUUAAUCAUCUCCAAGGCGCAGCUCUCGGCACGCACCAUCACGGGCAUCAACAUUAGCCUCGGACUCAAGCUGGUUGCCAUCUUUGUGGCCUACAUCUUCAUCAGCUGCGAUGUGGGACCAGUUGCUGGAGUGGUUGGUGGCAAGCUCACCCAACCUUAUUGUGCCAGCCAAUGCCUCUGCACACCAACUGCUUUCAUGCCUGUUUGUCCGGAGAAUAGCACGGUUACUUACUUCUCGCCCUGUUAUGCCGGGUGUACUCAGAAGUCCACCAUCAACAGCUUCAGUUUGUACGAAGGCUGCAGCUGCAUGGGAGAUCAGACAACCAACGUCGCUGGUACUUCGAGGGCCACGGCUGGCGCCUGCAGCGCUGCCGCUUGCCAGAGCAAGAUCAUCAUCUUCCAGGUGCUCAGCAUUUCGGCUGCCUUUAUGGUAGGCAUGAGCGCCAUUGGCAAGACUUUGAUCACGCUGCGUGCGGUGCUGCCGCAGGAUAAGACUUUGGCUUUGGGCUUUGAACUCAUGCUGGUCGGACUCUUUGCCUAUGUGCCAGCGCAUCUCAGCUACGAUCUUGUGACACGCACCACCUGCGUCUACUGGGCACCCAACUACGAGCGCUGCCUGCUGCGCGAGACGCCCAAGCACGGCAACAUCCUGGACAUCCUGACAGCCAGUCUCAUCUUGGUGGCCGUCUUCUUUGACGUGCUGGUCUUCAUCUUUGCCAAGGGUCUCAACCUCUACAACUGCAAGGUGACCGACAAUAACUACACCCCCUCGCUGUAUGCUCCGGUGCCACAUGAGGACACCCCCUCGCACUCUGCUCCCGUCUCGACAAUGGCCAGAGGCGGCAGCCCGGAAACGGCGACAACAGCAGCUUCCAACUCACCCAUGCAACGUCGGGAUGCACCGCAGUCGCUGGAGCUGCGUCCCGAAGCAACCGUAUUCCGGCAUCCCAGCUCACUGACCAACUCCUCGGGUGCCCAGAGCAUCGUUGAACCGAAUGGCAGCGGCGUCACCUACGCCCAAGUUGUCUUUCCUCCCGACAAGCGCAAGCCCGUCGAUGGCAGCACCAGUCCCAAGCGUCUGGCUGUGCCCGCCAAUGUGCCAUUGCAUCAUCUUUCGGAAACCGAUGUGCGCACUCAGCUGGGCACUCUCAAGUCCUUUAAUCCUGCCCAGUCGCAUGCGGAGCAGCCAGAGUCACCAGGUCACGAUGUGCCUGGUAAUGUCAACAUCGUUUCUCCGCAACCAAAAGCAACUGCGUCUGCAAAUCAUCCCGAGGAACUGGAUUUCAGGCCACAAAGUCCUGAAACAGAUUUUUAAGGAUAUUCACAAAUUGUUUUAUUUUUCUUACUUUCGAUUGUUAGCCUUUAAUUGAACGCGUUUUGUAUUCGUAGCAUUAACAUUUGACUAUUUAUAGCAUUACAAGUAUGUCAGCAUUAUUUUCCAUGUCAUUAUCCACAAGUGCUGCACUUUAAAAUACCCUGUAAUAAGAUAUCCUGCAAAGAACUAGCACUUGAAUACCAAAUACACAAUUCAUCAUAAUCAUAAGCGAAUAAGAAUGAAUAAACACCGAAACAA